GCCCCAUUACGCCCCUUACGUCGUGCGUGCGUCCGGCCCCCGCGCUCUCGGAGCGGCCCGAGAGCUCUCACCGGCUUCUCUGGAACCUUAUUUCGCGAACCGCCAUCGCCGUCAUGCUGGGCGCUGCUCUGCGCCGCUGUGCGGUAGCAGCCGCUGCCCGUGCCGUGCCCCGCGCCAGGGUCCUCUUAGGGGCGGUUGAGCUGUCUCCUGAUUCCUCCACGUUCAAAAUGGCUCGAUUUGUGUGGCUGUGUCCUGCGGUCUGGGAGCUUGAUGCUGGCGGUUAUUGCUCUCUGUCUAUUGUAGCUGUCCAUUCGGCUCGCUGCUAUUCCCAUGGGUCACACGAGACAGAUGAGGAGUUCGAUGCUCGCUGGGUGACAUACUUCAACAAGCCAGAUAUAGAUGCCUGGGAAUUGCGUAAAGGGAUGAACACGCUUGUUGGCUAUGAUCUGGUUCCAGAACCCAAAAUCAUUGACGCUGCUUUGCGGGCAUGCAGACGGUUAAAUGAUUUUGCUAGUGCUGUUCGGAUUCUAGAGGUGGUUAAGGACAAAGCAGGACCUCAUAAGGAAAUCUACCCCUAUGUCAUCCAGGAACUGAGACCAACUCUGAACGAACUGGGAAUCUCCACUCCAGAGGAGCUGGGGCUUGACAAAGUGUAACCUACAGACUGGCUUCCUUCUCAAGGAUUUCUUGACAGUGCUACUUGAUUGUAAACAAUCACCUGGAAAUGCUGAUGAUAACAUAUUACCUUAUUUGAACAAGUUUUCCUUUAUUGAGUACCAAACCAUGUGAUGGUAACCUGGACUUUAAUAAAUGGGAAACAAGUUUGAACUGAAA